AAGACAAGACUACUGGAAUUGUUAAAAUGUUGGUUAUUAUCAGUAAAACACAAUAAAUCACAUACAAAUUGUGCAAUCACAGAGCAAGCUCAACUUGCGCGCGCAUCCCUAAUAACUUGAACAAUGCGUUAUGAGUUAACCUGUUAGCCAAUAGUUAAUCUUCUCCAAGAGGGCAAAAACAACGGAGUCAAAGUGAUAAAAGUGAGGCUUCAAAAUUCUGCACUCCGGCAUCACAUAACAAGCGUUGGUGCACUUCAAUAAAAUAAUAUUCGUCAUGGAAAUGGAAACAAUAUCAACGUUCGCUAAGAAGCUUUGGUGCGUCAAGAAACAACUUAUUCUCGUCCUCACUCCGCUUAUUCUCCUCCCGUUACUUUUUGGUCUACCGGAAAAGGAGGGGAAAUGUCUGUAUGUGGUGCUGCUAAUGGCUGUGUUCUGGUGCACAGAGGCUCUUCCCUUAGCUGUCACUGCCAUGCUACCUGUUUGCCUCUUUCCAACAAUGGGAAUUCUUCCAUCCCAAAAAGUCUGCCCUCAGUACUUCCUCGAUACCAAUUUUCUCUUUCUCAGCGGUCUUGUGAUGGCAUCAGCUAUCGAGGAAUGGGGUCUGCAUCGCAGAAUAGCUCUGAAAGUUCUUAAGAUUGUUGGAGUCAAACCAGCCUGGUUGAUUUUGGGAAUGAUGAUCACCUCUGCCUUCCUGUCCAUGUGGCUCAGCAACACAGCAACAACGGCCAUGAUGCUUCCCAUUGCUAACGCCAUCCUGGAGAGCCUCUUUGGGGACCUGGCCACUCUGAAGGAGAACUGCAAGGUGAAAGAGGAGACAGAGGGUCAAUCACAAGUAAAGCUGCAUUCACUGCCCUCUGAAAAACAGAUCUUGUCUAUAGAUGGAACUGAUGGGAUGGUGCGGUCAAAUGGGAGGACUGCACAGGAGAUCAGGACAGAGUCAGAGUACCAGAUGAAGGUUUGGAAAGGCUUCCUGAUCUGUAUCCCAUACGCUGCCAGUAUCGGAGGGACUGCCACCCUGACAGGCACGGCGCCAAACCUCAUCCUCAUUGGACAACUUAAGAGUUACUUCCCAGAGUGCGACUUGAUAAAUUUUGGCUCUUGGUUUGCAUUCGCCUUUCCUCUCAUGGUGCUCUUCCUCAUCUUGGCAUGGCUGUGGAUUUCUUUCCUCUACGGGGGCUUGAAUACGCGGUUAUGUGUGAAGAAACAGGACGAAAGAGCACAAGCAGAGAAAAAAGCAGAGGCUGUUAUUGAUGAAGACUACAGAAAACUAGGCCCCAUAAAUUUUGCAGAAGGAUCCAUCGCAUUCUUUUUCAUUUUGUUUGCCGUUCUCCUGUUCACAAGAGAUCCCAAAUUUGUAACUGGAUGGUCCACAUUUUUCAACAAAGGGUAUGUGUCAGAUGCGACCACUGGAGUGAUCAUUGUGUCAAUCCUAUUUUUCUUCCCUUCCCAGAAGCCCUCUCUUAGCUGGUGGUUUGAUUCUAGAGCAUCAAAUACUCCAUAUGUUCCUCUCCUAUCAUGGAAGAAAGCACAGGAAUGUGUCCCAUGGAAUAUCAUUCUGUUGCUGGGUGGAGGCUUUGCCAUGGCCAAGGGAUGUGAGGAGUCAGGACUGGCGGCGUGGAUAGGAGCCUACCUCCAGCCUAUUGCCCAGGUCCCCCCUGCUGUGGCCGUCAUGUUCAUCACAGCUUUCCUGGCCUGUUUCACAGAGUUUGCCAGCAACACUGCCACCAUUAUCAUAUUCCUGCCCGUCAUCGCUGAACUGGCUAUGUUUGUCAAGGUGAACCCUCUUUACUUUAUGAUACCUGCGACAACAGGAUGUUCAUUUGCCUUCAUGUUGCCAGUCUCCACCCCUCCCAACUCCAUUGCCUUUGCAUCUGGCCAUCUUUUGGUGAAGGACAUGGUGAAAACAGGCUUUGUGAUGAACAUUUUGGGCAUUUUAUCGGUUUCUCUGGCCAUGAACACUUGGGGUCGUGCCAUGUUCAGUUUGGAGACUUAUCCAGACUGGGCUCGUCCAGUCAACAUGUCCAGUACUGUCACAGAUAUACAGUUCCCCUCCGACUCACCUUUCAACCUUACUAGUUUACCGUAGAUCUGAAGCUUAUCCAGUAUAAUUAUUAUACUGUAUUAUAUAGUAAAUACUGGAUCAUAAUUUCUGAAUAUGUACAAAGUCAAUAACUAUAGACUUGGGGACAAUUAGCUGUUACUUUAAGUAAUUUAGCUUAUGGUAUGAUGGCUAUACCAUGUUUCUAAGGUACUGUCCUUUUUCGAUCAGUCUACUGUAUAUGAGUUUUGAUUUUUUAACGGUUUAUAUUUUGUUCAGGCUCUCAUUGUGAUCUACUUACUCUGUCAUGUAGAUUAUACCAAUUUCUAUCAGCUCAUUUUCAUGUUUGUCACGAACCCCUGCUCUCCCCAGAUGUGUCCUGUGUUUUGCCUUGAUUUGUUUUAGGUCCCUAUGACAUUUUUCCAUUGGAAGAUAAUUUGUUUGGGCAGGGCGGGGGGGCGACAGAAUAGACAGUGGUUGGUCUGUCUGUUGUUGCGUUCUCUUCCACAGUUAUACAACAAGUCAUGUCGGGCAUAGUUUUUGUCCAGACACCUGUGAUGUCUUGUCUCAUCUCUCGCUAUGCUUGCUGAAAUGAAUUGCAUCUUAGUGACCUCUGAUGGUCAUUGUGCCACAUUGCACUGAUCACUGUGUGCAUCUCAUACUGUACCUCACUGUAACAUUCCCUGGAUAGUGUUUGUGAUGGUAAUCCUUAUUGAUUAGGGUGUUAGCAGUCUGCUUGAUGAUUAUAAACCCAAUCCAUUUCAUGACAGUGAACUCUCAUCCUCCAAGUCCUCCACCUACUGGUAAAUGACACUUGAACUCAAUCCUCCAUUGACCUUUAGCUGUGUAAACUGUGACUGUCUUGACACAUAACAGGAGUUUGUGAAUUAUUCAUAAAACAUACUUACCUAGGCCAUGGGGGUCACUGGCUGCAUGUGUUUUAACAUAUUUUUGUAAGUUACACACAGAACGUCAUUUUUACUUUUCAUUGUGUCUUUUAAAACCAUAAAUCAUGAUUUUCUGAUCUUAUUUUAUUUGAAAUAAUCAUUAGAAAUGUGGUGUGUGGAAAUCAAAAUAACUAUUUUCUACCAUAGAUUUUAUUAUUAUUUCGUGUAAUACGUUUAGCUUUAUCAAUGCACAUUUUGUAGAUUUGUUAUUUUCUUAAUACUUCUCGUUACCAAAUAAAACUGAAUGGCAAAUGA